AUGACCAUUAUUGGCUGCAAAAACAAGGCAAGUCCGGCCUUCCUUGUUUUUGACCAUAAAAUAUUAAACGAGUAUAAAUUCGCAGAAGUAUCCGAAAACAUUGAGCAAGAAUCGUAUUUUAGUGUACAACAAAACGACUUGAGUGGAACUAUUGUAGCGGAAAAUCUUGCCUUGGCGUUAAACGAGAAUGUUGUGGACGUUCAGAAAUCAGUACAUUCCGGAUCGCUGUCUCCGCCUACACCAGGACUUUGCAGAAUAUGUCUACAACCCGAUGCUGACGAUUUAAACAAAUGUAUUUCCCCUUGUUUGUGUUGUGGCUCCAUAUCUAAAGUACACAAGUCUUGUUUGGAACGAUGGUUAGCGCAAGCCGACUCGAGUUCUUGUGAGAUAUGCAAAUAUGAAUUCAAAACCGAGCGAUUGUCGACUCAUUCAUUAUUAGGCUCAAUAGGAGCGUGGUUUUGUAGUUCAGAGACGCAAGAAGACGCUAAGCAGUUUUUAUACGAUUUGUGGCUGUUCUUCAUUAUCACACCAGCCAUUAGUCUGGUUUCAUACGCUGGCCUAGUCAUAAACGAAGCAAUAUUCACUGAUAACACAGCGAUUUAUAACGGCACUAUAUGCCGUUUGUUAUCAUUCACCGCUCUAACGAUUUUAUUAACCGUGGAUUUUUUAUAUGGUUGUUGGACAUCGAUCAGAGUACAAUAUCAUUUUGGACAAUGGUACAACUACUACAGACGAUGUCAACGAGUGAUAAUCGUGGAAACAAAUCAAUAAGGGAACGGAAUGAAAAUAUAUAUAAAAUUAACACUUGAAAAUCUUAAAAUUAUUUUUAAUAAAUAAAAAAUUACCAUAGUAAA